AUGCCCUGUCAAUCAUUGACAGCCCCUCAGCAGGGCAGGUGGCACGACCAGCAGCAGCUCCCAUCCACCAUGGCACUCAGCACCCGCUUUGUUUCACCCCUCCGGCCCACCCUGGCAGCUCUGCAUUGGGCAGCACCCAGGCAGCACCGGGGGCUCAGCACCCUCCCAGCACCAAGGCACACACUUGACCUCGGGGGCAUCUUCCCGCCCCUUGCAACCCCCUUCUCACCCAUGCAAGAGGUGGACUAUGCACGACUGGAGGGGAACCUGCACCACUACGCCAGCAUCCCCUUCCGAGGACUGGUAGUGCUGGGCUCCAAUGGGGAAUAUCCCUACCUGGCACCCCAUGAGCAGCUGGAGGUGGUGAGCUGCGUGCGCCAGGCUUUGCCCAGGGACCGCCUGCUGCUGGCCGGAUCAGGCUGUGAAUCCACCCAGACCACCAUCAAGCUGACGGUCAGCAUGGCAGAGGCAGGGGCUGAUGUGGCACUGGUGGUGACGCCCUGCUACUACAAGGGGGCCAUGACCAGCAGUGCCCUGGUUCAGCACUACACGGAGGUCGCCGAUGCAUCCCCCAUCCCCGUGGUGCUCUACAGCGUGCCAGCCAACACUGGCCUGGAGCUGCCCCUGGAGGCUGUCCUCACCCUGGCUCAGCACCCCAACAUUGUCGGGAUCAAGGACAGCGGUGGGGACAUCACCCGCAUGGGGCUGAUGGUCCACAAGACGAAGCAGGAGGACUUCCAGGUGCUGGCAGGGUCAGCUGGCUUCCUGCUGGCAAGCUAUGUCCUGGGUGCCUCUGGGGGCAUCUGCGCCCUCGCCAACGUCCUGGGGGCCCCGCUGUGCCAGCUGGACCGUCUGUGCCGUGAGGGCCGAUGGCAGGAGGCCCGUGACCUGCAGCACCGGCUCAUCGAGCCCAACGCAGCGGUCACCCGCCGGUUUGGUAUCCCGGGGCUGAAGAAGGCAAUGGAGUGGUUUGGCUACUACGGGGGUCCCUGCCGAGCACCUCUGGCCCCGCUGAGUGCCCCCCAGGUUGAGGAGCUGAGGAACACCUUCAGUGCCAAUGGCUGGUUGUGAGGGUUACCCCCCUGCCCCUUCCCUCGCCGCGGGGGCACGGGAAUAGCGAUCCUGGGAGCUGAGGAAGUGGUGGGGACACCGGGGUGUGGCCAGGAGAAAGCCACCCGUCUCACUCCUUCCUGCUGGACCGGACUGCUCUGGGCAGAGUGGGUGGGGGGGACACCCAGUAUUCCCUGAGCCUGCCAGACCCCGGGGUCCCACCGUCCCCACCUGGGAAGGGAUGGAUCCCUGUGCCGUGUGCUGGGAAUAAACGCACUGACCCGC